AUGGAAGAUCAAGCAUUUGUUCCAGAGGGAUUGUACAUGUUCGAGGAUGAAGAUUUGAUCAUGUCCCAGCUGCUUGCUGAUUACUGUUCUGUCUCAUCAAAUGACCUGAAUUAUCAGGCUUCAAGCUCUCAAGUUUCAUUUGCAAAUUUUCCCAGCAGCCAUGAAUGUUCAACAGCAAAGGACAUGGAAGGCAUUGCUAAUCUUUAUUCUCGCAGAAUUAUGGCAACAAAUUACCAUAACCCUGAAGCUUUUCAUCCGUGGGAUGCCAAUAGUACCACCAACUCUUUUUUCAGUCAAAGUGAAGAAAAUGCAGGUAUGGACCAAGUAAUGAGAAAUUGCAAUGUGGGAGAUCAUGAAGUUGUGUCUGAGAAUUCUAAGAAAAGGCCCUGCAGUACUUCUGUAGAUGAUGUCCAGAAGAACAAGAGGAAUGUGAAGUCAAAGAUGACAAAUCAAAAGCCGGUCUUAACUAGAAAUAUUGCAGAUAGUUGCAGCUCAGGGGAUGAUGAACCCAUGAAUGCUAAUCCUCAACAGGAUUUGAGUCCAAAUGCGAGAAGCAGUAGGGAAUUAGCAAUUGAUCCACAAAGAACAUAUGCAAAGAAAAGAAGAGACAAAAUAAACUCAAGGCUGCGAAUUCUGCAGAAUCUUGUACCUAAUGGAACAAAGGUUGAUAUCAGCACAAUGCUGGAAGAAACUGUUGAGUAUGUGAAGUUCUUACAGCUUCAGAUCAAGCUUUUAAGCUCUGAUGAGCUGUGGAUGUACGCUCCUGUCGUUAACAACGGAAUAGGCAUCGGAGUUCAAGACUUGCUCUGA